AUGAACAUGAAUGUUUUUCAGUGUCUGGUAGUAGUUUGUUUGGUAAAUAGAGUGGUCGGGGAUGUCAUAGUUGAAACUAAGUCAGGAAAAGUAGCUGGUAAAGAAGUCAAGUCAAUAAUCCGUAAUGAAAGUUACUUUUCCUUUUUAAGCAUUCCUUAUGCUGAACCCCCUAUUGGAAAACGAAGGUUUAAGCCACCGGUCCCUCAUUUAGGAUGGAAAGAUAUUUAUGACGCCAAAAAAGAACGAAAACACUGUGCUCAGCAGUUUAUACCGCAGAGAAAGGUUGAUAGAUAUGGAUUUUGGGGAGAUGAAGACUGUUUGCAUUUGAGUAUACACACUCCUAAUUUACCAACUAACCAGCAUAUGGAAAAACCUGUUAUAGUAUUUUUGUAUAAUGAAAACUUUAGGGUAUCCUAUAAUGCUACUAAAGAGUACGGACCAGACUUUUUUAUGAUAGAAGACGUUAUUUUAGUUUCUUUAAAUUACAGGCUAGGAUUCUUAGGAUUUGCAUCAUUUGAAGAUACAUUAAUUCCUGGUAAUAAUGGCAUAAGAGAUGUGUUAUUAGCUUUAAAAUGGCUAAAAGAGAAUAUUCAGUACUUUGGUGGUAACCCACAUAAUAUUACUCUUAUGGGUAAUAGUGGAGGGGCAGUUAUAGUUGAUAUAUUACUACAGAGUCCAAAAUCCAAAGGGUUGUUCAGUGCAGCAAUUUUACAAAGUGGUUCCUCUUGGCAUCCCUCUUACAUUGAUACUAAGCCAAAACAAAGAGCUAUUGCCUUAGCACAGGUACUUGAAGUGAAACCGGAAACAAGCGAGGAGCUUAUAGAAAAAUUAUCUGACAUUGAUGCAAACAAAAUCACAGAUGCAGAACUAUAUCUUAUACACCCAGAUGAAUCUAUGUCGACUCAAAGAGACAUUGUCCAAUUUGGACCUGUUGUUGAAAUUGAUCACGACGAUGCAAUAGUAUCAAAGCUUCCAGAAGAUAACUUAAAUAAACUGUCGGUACCGGUGAUGAUAGGUUUUAAUUCAAGAGAAGCAAUAGAAAUAAAUGAACGCUACCUUCAUAAUCCAGAAUACCUAAGAAUCGCUGAUAGAUAUUUUAUUAUGACAUUUCCACGAAGAGUAGACUAUCAUUUUGAUAUUAAUGCUAAAAUAUAUAAAAAAGCUAUAAAAGAAAUCAGAAAUUAUUACUUUAAUGAUGGAUAUAUAAGGGAAGAUAAACCAGGUGAAUUUUUGAAUUAUAUUGGAGAUAUCGUAAGUUUUUAUCCAAUAGAUUAUACUGUUAGAAAAUAUACAAAUACGUCCUAUGCACCUGUUUACUAUUACAUGUUUCAUUAUAGUGGCAAAUUAAACUUUCGCAAGAUAACAAGUUUAAAUGAUGCUUUGAAUAUUGAUGGCACUUGGGGAGCAUCUGUUGGUGAUGAGUUAUGUUACUUAUUUGUUUGCAAAAAAUGGAGAAAAGUGUACAAAAAUUUAUUUGAUCAAGAACACUCGGAUGAAAUAAAAGUCUUAACAAUGAUGGUUAAAUUGUACACAAAUUUUGCUAAAACUGGAAAUCCUACGCCUCCUGGAAGCAACUUUAUUUGGAAACCAGCUUCCUUAGAAAACCGAGAGUGUUUAAUCAUUAGUGACAAACUUGAAAUCAAAUCUAAUUUAUAUGAGGAAAAAAUUACAUUUUGGGAUGACUUCAUAGAAAAAUAUGAAAAGUAUGCCAUCAAUGGCGUAGUCAAAGACGCGGUCAAAAAUGAACUAUAA